CCGGAUCCCGGGCUCUUAACGUUGAGCGGCGAAGUGGCGUUCGCAGCGUCGUUCUCGUCGUCUCCUCAUCGCCCUCGUCGCAAUGCGGACACGGCCAGGUAAUGACAACAAUGGACUCGGUUUUUUAAGGACAUUACUUUUAAGUGAAGAUGGAAAAUUACAACACACCAUGUUGAAGGAUGUUGUUAUCACUUAAGAAGGAAGACAUUGUUGAUAUACAUAGAAAAAACACAUUCUAUCAUCCGGCACUUACUAGUUUCAUUUUAGUGACAGGACAUCUAGCAGCUGCUUUGUUAAUUGAAUGAGAUCGUGAUGGUUCAAGUCGAAAGUAUUUGGUGCUUCUCAACUGAUUUACCAAAGUUCCAAGCAAGAUGUCCUUCACGUACGUCAUUCUUCAAAACAGCCUUGGGCUUCUCCAGGGAAGGUUAAUACAUCAUUAGUGUGCCUCGUUGAAGUUACGCACAUCUUGCCCACGCAAAAAACCUUUAAAGCGCCUCGCGUCUAAAAUAUGUCUUUUUGCUUCACAGAGCAUUUUAAAUGACUUGCUAAUUGUUACAUAGUUAUCACCCAGUAGGUCAGUUUAUCCUCAGGGCUAUUUGUUCCAGUGUUCUUAUAUUGAGCAACGCGAUAAAAAAAACACAAUUUCAUUGCAUUUUUUGAACACUACGAGACCGAGCACAGCCUUUGUGAGUUCCAAAGUGCGCGAGAGCCUACCUCGUCGUAAACUGGAAGUGAUUGCAACGCUGCACGCGAUGGAGGCGGGCAAGAUAGCCGGGUUGUACGACCUGGAGAAGACGCUGGGACGCGGGCACUUUGCCGUCGUGAAGUUGGCACGCCACGUUUUCACGGGCGAGAAGGUGGCCGUGAAGGUCAUCGACAAGAGCAAGUUGGACCCCAUGGCCACCAGCCACCUCUUCCAGGAGGUGCGGUGCAUGAAGCUGGUGCAGCAUCCCAAUGUGGUGCGACUCUACGAGGUCAUCGACACUCAGACGAAGCUCUACCUCAUCCUGGAGCUGGCCGACGGCGGGGACCUCUACGACUACAUCAUGCGGCACGAAGGCGGCCUGCAGGAAGAGCUUGCCAAGACGUACUUUGCCCAGGUGGUCCACGCCAUUUCGUACUGCCACCGCCUGCACGUGGUGCACCGGGACCUGAAGCCGGAAAACGUGGUGUUCUUCGAGAAGCAGGGCCUCGUCAAGCUCACCGACUUCGGGUUCAGCAACCUCUUCCAGCCAGGCACCAAGCUGGCGACAAGCUGCGGUUCGCUCGCCUACUCGGCACCCGAGAUCCUGCUGGGCGACGAGUACGACGCGCCCGCCGUGGACAUUUGGAGCCUCGGCGUGAUCCUGUACAUGCUGGUGUGUGGACACCCGCCAUUCCAGGAAGCUAACGACAGCGAGACGCUCACCAUGAUCAUGGACUGCAAGUACACGGUCCCCGCGCACAUCUCCCGCGAGUGCAAGGACCUGAUCGCUCGCAUGCUGCAGCGCGACCCACGCCGCCGCGCCUCGCUGCAGGAGAUGGAAGGCCACCCAUGGCUGUGCGGCGUGGACCCCUCCCCCGCCGCCAAGUGCAGCACCCCGCUCAUUUCCUACAAGAGCCUGUCGGAGGACGAACACAACGGCAUCGUGCAGCGCAUGGUGCUGGGCAGCAUCGCCGAACGUGACGCCAUCGUAGAGGCACUGGAGGCAGACCGAUACAAUCACAUAACGGCCACGUAUUUCCUGCUCGCUGAACGCAUCCUCAAAGACAAGCUGGACAAGCAGAUGCAGAGCCCUCGCUCAGGAAGCCCUAGCGCUGCCACCAAAGCGCACUUCAGACAAUCGUGGCCGGCGCGGAUCAACAUCUCCCAGGAGAUCACCGACCUGUCUGGGCCCGGGACAUCGGCCGGCUCCCAGGGCUCUCCCGCCGAUGGGUCGUCCCAGCCAUCCAUGGGAACCUUGACGCCGGCACGGGCGGCCCCAUCUCCUGGUGGCACCGGCGGGGGGGGGCGCAAGUCCGUGGUGUUCACCGUCGGAGAGGGCGAAGAGGAGGACGAGGAGGAGGAGAAGAUGGAGGCGAAGAGGAAACAGCAGCAGGCCGUGCAGGUGGUGCUGCGUCGGCGCCCGUCGCUCAUGUCCCGCAUCACGUCACGCAAGAGCGCCCCGCUCCUCAACCAGAUCUGCGAGGAGGCGGAGGGGGGCGAGGGCUGCGAGUCCGAGGAUGAGCUCAGCGUCGGCGCAGCGCUCGCUCCGCAGCUCAACCGCCUGCGCAUGAGCCUCGCCUCGCCGGGCACUGCGCACAAGCGCUACCCGCGUGGCCGGCGCACGGCCGGAACCGGCCGGCCCUCACCGCCCCACAGCCAGUCGCCCGACAGCCACGCCGCCCGGCCUCAGCCCGUGCACCAGCAGGGCUGCAGCAGCUCCGAGACGAGCGACGACGACAACAACAACGGCGGCGGCAGCGGCCUGACGGGGCAGGGCCAGCACGAAGACGGGCCGCCGGGCGGGAGCGGCGGCGGCGGCGGAGGAGGAGGAGGCGACAGGGGCGGCGGAGGCGCCGGAGAGAGGCCGAGUCACGGGGGAGGCGGGGGCGGAAGCAAUCAAGGCGGCGAGGGUGGCGGCGCUCAGCCGGGGGGCGGCGGCGCCAAAGGCGGACAAAGCGGUAGCGGGGCCGGCGGCGGCGGUGGCUCCGCCCCCCGGGUGGCAUCCUGCACGGGCGUACAGGAGGUGUGCGUGUCGGACAGGAGCGGCUGGCGUUGGCGGCGAGGCCUCAGACUGCGCUCGACCCGCUCGCAGCAGUAA